AUGCUUUUCUCAUCAGCUAUCGCACGGCCUUUGCAGUUGGUCACCCGCACCCUGCAAUGGAUUAGUGCUGUGAUUGUCAUGGGAUUCACCUCAUGGUUCAUUAGCCACGGUCGUCCUCAUGGCACACACAUGCUCUACCAAGAGUGCAUUGCUGUCAUCUCUGUCGUCUUCUUCAUCCCAGCAUUCGUCUCCCCAUUCCUCCCAUCAGCCCUGAGCAAGUUUGUGCUCCUCAUCGACGUCGUCUUCUCUUACCUCUGGUUAACCGCUUUCAUCUUCUCCGCCCAAGACUACAGCUCAAGAUGGUGCUACGCCACCGCUCCAUUUGGCGUCGGUUGCCAAUACAAGACGGCCAACGAGGCAUUCAUCUUCCUUGCGUUCAUCUUCACCUUCUUUGGCAUGUUCCUCGAAGUCGCCGCUCUCUGGGCCUACCGCAAAGAAAACAACCCUAACGCCCGCACUACUGCCGCCGAGGAGAAGAUCGAGACUGGCACCCGCGUGCCUCUUGAUGCCCCUGCUGGCCCCGCUCAUGGUGUUGCUACGACUGCUCCUUCUGGGGCUGUUUAA